AUGCCGCCUUCCACUAAAAGGCUGAAUAAUGGACUAUCAGUCACUACAAAAGUGUUUGUACGGUCCCGAAAUGGAGGUGCAACAAAAAUUGUAAGGGAGCAUUAUUUACGAGAUGAUGUCGCAUGCUACUCCAAGCUCUGUGACCAAUGUGAAUAUUCCCUUGAAACCACUCCAGUGUUAAGCCAUGUGCCCUUUUCCACUGCCAAAUUAACCAAACAUUAUCUUAUAUUGGACACUAAUAUUGUACUUAACGCCAUAGACUUACUGGAAGGUUCUCAGGCUUUGUUUGAUGUCAUUAUUCCUCAAACGGUGUUGGAAGAAGUAAGAAACAGAAGUUACCCGAUAUACACUAGGCUGCGAGGAUUGUCCAAGGCUGAUGCCAAAAGGUUAAUUGUCUUUCACAACGAAUUUUGCAAGAAUACUUUUGUGGCUAGGCAGAAAGGCGAAACUAUUAACGAUUACAAUGAUCGAUUGAUUAGAAAAGUUGGUGAGUAUUAUAACUCACAUCUUUCAAACUACGGUGUUAAAGUAUUUCUGCUUACCGAUGACAAAGACAACCUCAAAAAAUGUAAAGACGAACAUAUUCUUGCAUUAUCUCUCAGAGAAUAUUUAGGACAGUUGCCCAAUUCCGAGGAUUUGUUGGACACUUUGCCAUCUGCCCAGGAUGAUCUUCAGGUUGCUGAAUUCAAAUAUGCUGAAUACUACUCACAAUCGAGACUUAUUGCUGGUGUUAAGAGUAGUGUUUUAUUUCAGGGACCAAUGAACGUGUCAUCAUACGAUAUAUUUGAAGGAACAAUAAACUUGCCGUCAAUUUUUCCUAAGCCGAUACUUGUUAGAGGUCGUCAGAAUAUGAAUCGUGCGACAAAUGGUGACUUGGUAGUUGUAGAAUUGCUUCCCAAGUCACAAUGGGUUGCACCUUCCAAUGAUAUCGUUGACGAGACAACCUUAGGAAAUGCCGAUAAUGAAGACAAUGACCUGAUAAUUUCUGACCAAGAGCGAAGAUUACUAAACAAAGAAGCUCGUAGAGCACAAAUGGAAGACGAAUCUAAGUUACAGCCCAGCGCAAAAGUGGUUGGGGUCAUUAGAAGAAGAUGGAGACUAUUUACAGGACAAUUGAGUCCCAAUACCAUUACUACCAAUACAAAUGCAUUGAAUUCUUGCUUGGUUACAUUAUCUGAGAAAUCUAUGCCUGCCGUCAGAAUCAAAACAAGAAAAGCCAAUGAUUUGCUCAAUAUGAGGAUUGUCGUGGCAAUUGAUGAUUGGCCUGGAACCUCAAAGCAUCCAGAAGGUCAUUUUGUUAGAACGCUUGGCCCUAUAGAGGAUAAAGACACAGAACAGGAGGCUUUACUACUCGAACACGAUGUUGAAUAUAGACCAUUUAGUAAAAACGUUCUAGACUGUCUGCCAAAGGAAGGUCAUGAAUGGAUUGUUCCAGUGGAUUUAAGUUCUGAUGAGCAGUUGAAAAAGAGACGUGAUUUGAGAGAUAAACUUGUUUGCUCGAUCGAUCCGCCAGGAUGUGUCGAUAUCGAUGACGCGUUACAUGCCAGAAAGCUUCCUAAUGGAAAUUUUGAAGUUGGAGUGCAUAUUGCUGAUGUCACACACUUUGUCAAACCUGCUACUGCACUCGACCAAGAAGGUGCUUCAAGAAGUACGUCUGUUUACUUAGUCGACAAACGUAUAGACAUGUUACCCACACUGCUAGGUACUGAUUUAUGUUCCUUGAAGCCAUAUGUUGAUAGGUUUUCCUUCUCUGUAAUAUGGGAAUUGGACGAAGAUGCAAACAUAAUCAAUGUUGAUUUCAUGAAAUCCAUCAUCAAAUCGAGGGAAGCAUUUAGUUAUCAAGAUGCUCAAGAUAGAAUUGACGAUUCUUCCAAUAACGAUGAAUUAACUCAAGGCAUGCGAAGUCUACUAGCACUUUCCAAGAAAUUGAAGAAGAAGAGAAUGGAUGCUGGUGCUUUGAAUCUUUCGUCACCAGAGGUUAAGGUUCAUAUGGAUAGUGAAACGUCUGAUCCUGGGGAAGUUGAAAUUAAAAAACUAUUGGACACUAAUUCACUGGUUGAAGAAUUUAUGUUGCUAGCUAACAUUUCAGUAGCUAGAAAAAUCUAUGACGCUUUUCCACAAAUUGCGAUGCUGAGAAGGCAUGCUCCCCCUCCUUCUACAAACUUUGAAGCGUUGAACGAAAUGUUACAUAUUAGGAAAGGUAUGACCAUUUCAGUGGAGAACUCUAGGGCAUUAUCUGAUUCGUUGGAUCGAUGUGUUGAUAAGAACGAUGAAUAUUUCAAUACCCUUGUUAGAAUUAUGGCCACCAGAUGUAUGAUGGCAGCUGAGUAUUUUGUUAGUGGAAACUUUUCGUACCAAGAAUUCAAGCAUUAUGGCCUUGCUGCAGACAUUUACACUCACUUCACUUCUCCGAUCCGUCGUUACUGUGAUGUAUUGGCUCAUCGUCAGCUUGCUGCUGCCAUAGGGUACGAACCGUUGCAUCCUAUUCAAAGGGACAAAACUAAGAUGGACCUUAUUGUUAAGAACAUGAACAGGCGCCAUAGAAAUGCACAGUUUGCAGGAAGAGCCAGUAUCGAAUAUUAUGUUGGGCAGGUUAUCAAAAACACAGAAAGUUCUCAGGAAGGUUAUAUCAUCAAAGUUUUCACUAACGGUAUCGUCGUUCUCGUGCCAAAUUUUGGUGUAGAAAGCUUGAUAAAGUUGGAAGAUAUGGGUGAUGAAAGCAGUGGAUUGUUUGAUGAAAAAGAGUUUAAACUUUCAUUUAAUGAUAAAAUCGGCAAUAAAAGAGAAUUGCAUGUGUUUGACAAAGUGACAGUUUAUAUGAAGUCAGUUCUUAACGAGAUGACUGGUAAACGUAAAGCAGUCUUUUUGCUUAAAUAG